GAAAGCCACAAGAAGUCAAGAACACAAGAUGAGAAUCCCAUUCUUGCUCCUCACCAUCCUACUUCUUUCUCUCCAAUGCAAUGCUUCCGCAGUUGAUGGAAAUGGGAAGGUGCAGAACCUCCUCUUCUACCUUCACAACACCCACAGUGUGAGUGAUCCAUCCUCGGUCCUCGUUGCACAAAAUACCAAUGCCACAGCCCAUGCUCGUGGCUUAGUGCCAUUUAGCUCUGUCUAUGUGUUCGAUGACGUGCUUACCGAGGGGACCGCAAGUACAUCUAAGGUGGUUGGAAAUGCGCAAGGCUUUUACAUUGAAACAGGAAAAGAUGGGUACACGAUCUUGGAAACUAUUGACUGUGAGUUGACGGAUGGUCCGUUCAAAGGCAGCUCAUUCUUGAUGUCCUCAAGAAACCAAUUCAGUAAUCCAACCAGGGAGCUCCCUGUUGUUGGUGGUCGUGGUGCGUUUCGAAUGGCCCAAGGGUACGGCUUGCUUAGGACGGUGUGCGUUGACUGUCUCGACGCCGUGAACCCGUCCAAGGGAGAUAUCAUCGAGUAUAAUGUGACUCUCUACCUCCGCUGAGUUUAUGUAUGGUUGUCAUGUAUUUCUUGUGGCGAUAAUAACAAUAGUUGAUGGUUGAAUUUUCCUGUUA